CCCCCCCCCCCCCCCACAGCGAACAGUCGCUGUCAGUACUAGACUCGACAGGACUAGAGCAAGUGGACACAGAAUGCCAGAUGCAGUGAAGAUCGACAUCUCGUCGGAGAUCACAGAGCAGGAAUACCGCAAGAUCUCGUCGCGGCCGCAUCUGAAGCACAAUGAUAUGACGGCGGAGGUGUGUAUGGAGACGAUCGAGAUCAUCACGAUGGCGUGUGACAAACACGUGCCUGUGAAGAAUUACGAGGCUGCAGCACAGCUCAUCAAGCAGAGUAUGGACAAGAAGUUCGGGUCCUCGUGGCAUUGCUUUAUCGGCGAAGGCUACGGCUUCGACAUCAGCUACCAACAGCGACACAUGCUGUAUCUGUACGUGGGCGAGAUCGGCGUGCUCGUGUACAAGUGCUGAGUCGAAGAUUACCACACCGAGCAGAUAUUGGGAUUUUUCAAUCUAGUGCUUCAACGUACUCUUCUUCUUUUCUUGACUAUUGUACUUGUGCACCUUUUGUGCCUGCGAGA